AUGUUUGGCAAGCGACGAAGAGCAGCCUCGAGUCCGGCCCAGCGAGCGCCUCCUCCCAGCGCCUCCGCCUCGCUCGCCGCCUCCAAAGCCUUCAUCAAGAGCGCCGAAUCCAAUGGCGCCCUCUCGUCCGCCGCCGCCGCAGCAGCCCUGCGUACUCACUCGCCAACACCGACGUCCGUAGCAGAUACCGUCACCAAGCGCAUGGCCCGACGCGGUUCGCUCUCAUCCAACGGCAGCUACUCGAGAGAGCCGUCCGGUUCCCUGCAUCGGCAGUCGAGUUCAGGGUCCAUGACGGAGCGCUCGUUCCGCGCACCAUCGCCAGGCAGAGGAAGUCCAGCUGAAACCAAUGCGCCACCUGUCCCGCCUGUGCCCGCAAACAUACAGCAUCACGACGGUGGCAUGCGUCGCCGCGCAUCGAGUGUCGAGCCCCUCUAUCGCGGAGCAUCGCCAGGCCCCAGAGGCGGAGGCAGAGGUGUGAGCUUAGACAGGGGCGCUAGUACUCCUCGACGAGCGCCCCAACGUCCCGCCAACCCUCUUACCAAUGUUUCAGAGGAAGAAGACACUGCCCGGUCUAUAAACUUCUCCCGUCCCAUGUCCCCCGGCGUAGUAGGCACCAAGCCAAGCCCACCACAGACUACUGCUUCGUCUGGAUGGUUUGGUGGGCCCGUUGUCAACCAAGAUGCCCUUCAGCGCAUGGCAUCAACCUCACGGCCAAAGACAUCGAGCGGUGUCUCUAGCCACCAUGUCCAGAACACCCAGAGAUCCAUACAAAAUGCAGCCGAGCGCCCGGUCAGCUCACAUCGCAUCUCGCAUGGUGUCGAAGGCUCUCGGCUAUCAAGCGGCAGUAUGCGUGUGAAGCCAUCCGGAACAGCUGUACAAAAGCAAACAUAUCCGUCGAGACAGGCCCCACGACCCGUUGAUCCGAACUCGCCAGAUGCCGUCUAUGACCCAUCGUCCCGCACCUUUAUCCACAAGCAGGACGCCAUGGCCCGUCAUAGGGAGAUACACGAAAUGCCUGAGCCCGAGCCCCAACCUGGACCACAGCCUGCAGAGACUUUUCAUUCUGUUCAUAUACCAGAGAACCAAAUGGGUCGUGGAUCACCCAGCCCUAUCCGUCAUUACGUUCGACAAGAACCGCCACCGCCUCAGCGAAGAGAGGAACCGAGGGCAGCUGUUCAACGGCACUCUGAUGAAUUUAAUGAUGCUAAUAUGCAGCCUCCUGAGAAGGCAAACGCUAGUCGCAGACUUGAAGAUUCUGGCUAUGGCACAAUAGUUGGGUACGAUGACGACGCGGCUUCGUCCACUGUUGCCCAGAACCAGGACAACCCCUACCCCCGACUAUCCACCCCGGUAAAUUCUAGGCCCGCAAGUACUUAUGAUAGUCAAGACCACGAACGCGCCGGGCGAAAUGAAAAUUCACCGUUAAGCCCACCUCGCACCGCUCAUUUCGCGCCCUUAGCUACCGAACUUACUGGGCUGAAGCACGAACCGCUGCCCCGAUCAGUAUCCCCUGCAAAAUCUGCACUAAAAGCGUCACCCUCAGUAUCGCGUCGUGGCGAGUCUCCGCUCCGCUCCAACGGGCUUUUACACACCAGAGGUGCUUCAAGUGAAGCAUCGGACACUGCCUCGGAGGAGGGAGGAAGGCGCAAGAAGAAGAACGUUCGUGUUAGCUUUGAGGAAGAUGUGGUGGCCCCUAGUACCUCUGCCCCGACUCACCCUGAGAUGCCUAAUUACGGAAGCCUUGGGGCAUCCAGAUGGAGUCCAAUAGCUGAAAAGGACGAUGAGUUUGAAGACCUCAAGAAGCCGCGACCUGCUCUGCCUCUUUUUGGUAGUAUCCGAGACAAGGAGCGACGUCACAGGGAGGAAGUGCCUGAAAAGGUAACUGAGACCGUGUCCGUCAGUCCUGUCGGUGAUCAAUCUCGGGUUUCAAGCGACAUUGCGCUUGGCAGCAUUGUUUCCGACGACCAUGCUCGAAAGCAGAGAGGAUCAUCUGAUCCUCUUCCACCUGAGGUUACUUCUGUCGAAGGCAGUGGUUACGUGUCAGACUCUAGCGAAUACUCGGACAAGCACGGGGUUACAGAGCAUAAGGAAAUGUCUCAGCAACCACCAGCUCUGGAGCCAAAGUCUCUGUCUAUCCCGCAUGAAGAAGUACCAUCGACGACGAUCACAGCAUCAGAACAAAACGCCCAUGUUCCCGAUAUUGCAUUCCAACCUGCAACCCCUAGCCCGUUUGAGAAGCCUGAACCGAAUUUCCCAAGCAUAACUAUUCCUGGAGGGUGGGACGAAGAUGCCACUGGUGCUAGGAGCCAAACCCCCAAACCAGCUAUAUCUACAUCGACACCCUCUACGAACACUACGGAGCCGACAAGUCAGGUGCCACAAUCCAACUCACAGGAAGAAGACACCACAGACGAUGAAAGCAGUAUAUAUAGCGAUGCUUAUGAGGAUUUGUCUGACGGAGGCGGAUUUGCUAGUAUCGAUGCUCUUAUGGAUAAGCCGAUCAACCCUUCGUCAUCUGGACUGAUGCACUCAAAGUAUGCGGAUCAAGAUACAACGGAAGGCCCUGCCUUGAAGUCUGGGCAACAGACUUCUGCGGAGGAUAGUGACGACUCACAGGCAACUCCAACACAAGACUGGACCCCUGCUCAGUUGCAUUGGAGUGGCUUGAAUGCGUCUUUCAAACAAGCCGAUAAGAUUGAGACGUCUGUCGAGCAAAUACCGCCUCCCCAAAAAGGUACUGAUCAGCCUAUGCAACGUUCGACUUCGCAGGAUCGCCCGGUAUCAGUAGCUUCACCAUCACAGUCGACCAAGCCUCUAAAGUCGGCCUUGAAAAAGAGUCCAGCUCCGGAAACAACUCGACCAGCCGAGCCCUCAAACAGGACUACGCAGGCUUCCGCACCUAGGGAAAGCCGUUCAGAGGUGCACAUGAGAAGAACCAUGCGCGGUAGUUCAAACACAGAUGCGCCAGCUGAACCCCGAAUGGGAUCCACAAUGCGUUCGACCAUGAGGGGAGGACCAGAAAGCCCUCCUAGAGCACAGCCACAGAUGCGACAGAGUAUGCGGUCAGAGGAUACACUACCAAAGGCCAAUAUCAGCCUAGCUGCAUCUCGCCAUAGCAUGACACCGGUGGAAACCAAGCCCCGAGGCGCACUGCAAAAGAAGAAUAUUCCACCUCCAGUUGCUUCCAAGGCAAGGCCACAGAGUAUGCCUGCUGCGAAGCCAAAGCCUGCGCCAGUGCCUACAUAUGACAGCGACUCUGACGCUUCUGUUAGCAGCUUCCAGCGAACUAGAAGCCGAGGAUCCCGUCAACAAGGUGGACGGUACACAAUGCGUGGCUCCAUGAGGCAAAACCCUACACCGUCCCUGCGCGCCAGUGCACCAGCUCCAAGACAGGUUCGCGCCAUAUCACCACGGGAGUCUCCAUCGCCUGCCAUGCGAAGGUCCAUGCGGUCCUCUUCACCGACCCCGGACCCAGCCAAAUCAUCAAGGUUCAGCAUCCGAUCAUUGUCACCAAUGGGAAGGUUCCGCAAGGGACCCGAUGUCCGUCCGUCCUCGCCUAUACAGGAGAAGCCAAUGCCUUCGUUCACCAAGCAGCCCAAGCCUGCCAAACAAGCGCCUCAACCAGCUAAGGCGCCCAAAGCGGUCAAGGUGCCAUUCAAAAGCCGCUUCGCUGAUUCGAGUGAUGAGGAUGAAGAUGACCGGCCCAGGCUAUUUCAAAGUCGAUUUGAAGAUUCGGACGAUGAGCCGAUGGACUACGAGUUGCCUCCUGGCUUGACUCCAGUCCGAGGUAUUCCUAGGAAACCUGGCGAAGAGGAUGGGGACUCUACGGAUUUAGAAGAAGAGGUGGAUGAGGAAGUUCCCGAGGACGUUUCCAAGCCUGUUCCGCAAACGAAUGGAACCAACGGCCAUGUUAAUGGGCAGGGUGCAGCGCUAGCCACUGGCUCGCUCCGCGAUAGCAAACAUGCCGCUUUACCCACAUUCGAGUCCGGUAAGAGCAAGAAGAAGCGUGGUUUCUUUGGCCUAGGAAAAAAGAAGACGCCUCAGGCCGAGCCUGUCCCUGCUCAAUCCGAACCAGUACAGCCCGUCUCUACACACGGUAACAUUCCCAUGCCCCCUGCGCAACGUAACCGCGAUAAGGGCGCCCCCAUGACCCCGAUUGACGAGGAUAAGGAGUUCGCUGAGCCAGCCCCUACCUCCCCUAAGCGGUCGCCCAAGCUCCAACGACGAUCAACCCCGGACUGGCCUCUGCCUCCUCCACCACCCAUUGGAACUGAUGAUCGGCCAAUGAGCUCAGACGGUGUUGCGCCUCGUAGACCGCGUUUCGCCACGCGACAGCCCAGUGCUGUAUCUAAUGUCUCUGCGCCUGUGGUCGAUGCACAGGGCCAUUCGGUCGCGUAUGGCCGAAGUGGGAAGAAGAAGAAGUUUCAGGGUCUGAGACGUGUUUUUGGACUCAAUGAUUGA